UUACGAGUACGUACUUGCAACGAGUCGACUCGAAUUAUCACUUUAGUACUUAUUAUGAAUAAAAUAGGUACUCGAUUGAGUGAUUGCUCAACAAAACAGGAUCAAAUACCUACAUACAUUUUCAUCCCAUCACUACUAUGUAAUGAAAUCUAACCUGUCUGUUUUGUUUGUAUUGUAUUUGUUUGUUUGAAAUCUAGAUUAAUCAUUUAAGAUAAUGUCUGAAAAAAGACGAAACAGUGAAGAAAAAACAGAAGAUGCCGAGGAAGAUGACGGCUGGAUCGGACCUAUGCCUUCAGAGGCUUCAAAUCCCAAACCCAAGAAACGAAAAGUGUUGGAGUUUGAGUCACUUUACAUAGAAAAUCUGCCUUCAUCCGAGACUUACGAGCACAGUUACAUGCAUAGAGAUGUGGUCACUCAUAUUGCCGUAACAAAAACAGAUUUUGUUAUCACUGCCAGUCAAGAUGGUCAUCUCAAAUUUUGGAAGAAACAGGAAGAAGGCAUAGAGUUUGUGAAGCACUUCCGUUGUCACCUGGCUCCUAUUUGUGAUAUAUCUGUGAACAGUACGGGCACGCUGCUCUGCACGUCAUCACCGGAAAAAACCAUUAAAGUGUUUGAUGUUGUUAAUUUUGACAUGAUCAAUAUGAUCUCAAUAGAGUUUGAGCCGCACUGCACAGAAUGGGUGCAUUCAGCUGGUGAUCCCAUCUCUGCUUUAGCUAUAUCGGAGAAAAACAGCAAUAAAAUCCACAUAUUCGACGGCACGCAAGUCUCGGGCACACCCAUGCACACAUUCGAGACGCUGCAUCAGAGUGCAGUGGCCACAAUCAAGUACAACCCAGUGUUCGAGACCGCAGUCUCCGUGGACAAGGCGGGGAUAGUGGAGUACUGGACCGGACCGAAAUACGAGUACACGUUUCCGAGGGUUGUGAAGUUUGAGUCGAAGCUGGACACGGAUCUGUUUGAUUUUGUCAAGAGCAAGACAUAUCCUAGCGCUUUGGCGUUUUCCCCGGAUGGGAAGAAAAUGGCGUCUAUAAGCUUGGAUAGAAAAGUUCGUGUGUUCCACUUCCUGUCGGGCAAGCUGCACAAGGUGCUGGACGAGAGUCUGCAGCGCUUCCAGGAGCUGCAGCAUGAGACGCAGCAGCUGCCCAACAUGGAAUUUGGUAGGAGAAUGGCAGCGGAGCGGGACCUAGAGAAAUCGGAUGCGGUGCACCUCGCGAACAUAUUGUUCGACGCCAGCGGCCACUUCGUGGUGUACGCGACCAUGCUCGGCGUGAAGAUCGUCAACCUCGUCACCAACCGCUGCGUGGCCAUGAUCGGCAAACCCGAGAACCUGCGGCCGCUGCAUCUGGCCCUCUUCCAGGGUCGCACAAACCAGUCCAAGGUGGCGUCCACCCUGGAGAUGGAAGGCUCUGAGAACCCGACGCUGCUCACCGUCAAGACGGACCCCACUCUCUUCUGCACGGCGUACAAGAAGAACCGCUUCUAUCUCUUCUCGAGGAGAAGUCCGGAUGACAUCAAGAGUCCGGAUGCAGAUAGGGAUAUUUUCAAUGAAAAACCGUCGAAGGAAGACAUUAUAUCUGCUACUGAAGGACAGGGCGUGCAGCGCACGUACGAGCAGGCGAUCCUGCACACGUCGCUGGGGGACGUGCACGUGCGCGUGUUCGGGAAGGACGCGCCGCGCGCUGCUGAGAACUUCUGCGUGCACGCGCGCGCCGGGUACUACAACGGACACAUCUUCCACCGCGUCAUCAAGGGGUUCAUGGUGCAGACUGGAGAUCCUACAGGCAGCGGCACGGGCGGCGAGAGCAUCUGGGGCGGGGAGUUCGCGGACGAGUUCCGGCCGCACCUCAAGCACGACCGCCCCUACACGCUCAGCAUGGCCAAUGCGGGGCCCAACACCAACGGCAGCCAGUUCUUCAUCACUCUGGCACCCACGCCGUGGCUGGACAACAAGCACACGGUGUUCGGGCGCGUGACGCGCGGCAUGGAGGUGGUGCAGAACAUCGGCAGCGUCAAGACCAACCCCAAGACCGACAAGCCCUACGACGACGUGCGGAUCAUCUCCAUCACCGUCAAGUGAUUCUAUUGUAUUUGUAUAUAUUGUAACAUUAAUAAAAAAAUAUUUCUUA